UUCGAAACGCGUUUCGCACGCGUGUCCGUGUGUUCUGGUCCGCACCGGCCCCCGUGUAGGCCGCGCUGCCAAGCCGGAGCCGGUGGUGGAGCCGAGAUGGCGCCGACGAUGGGCCGAAGGUUCAUCCCCAUGGAAGUUAAUGAAGAGCUGGACUGCAAUGGACAGUGGUGAGGGAAACACCUAUUAAUGGCUGAGCAGGACACAAGCCUGAAAGAGCAAGUGAGUCCUCAGGAACGAGGCAUUGUGCACAUUUGGACAGGAUAUGAUAGCUCUAGAAUACCAGAGCUGCUGCCUAAUUUUGGCAGCAAGGUUGUGUUGCAGGCUGCCCUGGGAACAGAACAUGGAUUGCUCCUGACUGAAGAUGGCAAAGUCUACAGUUUUGGGCACCUCCCAUGGAGAUCGGACUGUGAUGCCAGAGAGACAGUGGACCCCAUGCUGGAGCAGGCCUUGGUUGGUUUGCGUGUGGUUACCGUGGCGGCUGGAAGCUACCAUAGUGGGGCAGUGACCAAGGAUGGAGUAGCAUUCAUGUGGGGGGAGAACUCCUCCUGCCAGUGUGCCAUUGAGGGUCAGAGACAGGUCGCCACGCCCGCCAUGGUUACAAUUUCGGACCCGGAGACCAGCCCUCCCGAGCUGACACGGGUAGUGCAGCUUGCCUGCGGAGAGCUACACACACUGGCCUUGUCAUCCAAGGGGGAGGUCUGGUCGUGGGGGAGUGGCUGCCAGUUGGGGCUCGUCGCCACAACAUUCCCCGUGGCCAAGCCUCAAAAACUGGAGCACCUGGCUGGCCGCACGGUGGUGCAGAUCGCCGCAGGUGCCCACCACUGCCUGGUGCUCGUCCAGAGACCUUCGCCCCACCAGAUGAGGCAGAGCUCCGAGAAGUGCCACCAUUGUCACCAGCUGCUGCUGACUAUGACCGACAGGGAAGAUCAUGUCAUCAUCUCUGACAGUCACUACUGCCCCUUAGGUGUGGUGCUUUCUGAGCCCGAUCCCAGGCCCUCUCACCCAGACCCACAAGACCAGACCCCUUCUCUCCCUCCAAAUCAGACUGCAGAAUCUCAUAUGGAGCUACCUCAUAUGGAGCAGCCUGAAUAUUUGCCCCAUGCAGUCAAUCAGAUGGAACCAGCACAGCAUCCCAGGCAAGCAGAGCAGAGUGGUGCUCCCGAUUCACACCUGGAGCCCAAUGGGACCGUGAAUAACCUGAAACCAAGGAGCUCUCAGUUCCCAGAUGAAAAAGCCGUGCAGGACUACCUCAGAAAAUUGUCGGACAAUUCCCAGCAGGAUGACCCUGUGAAAAGCACACCCCUUCCGUGCACGCAGCACUCGUCAGAGGAGGAAGACAUUCGACCUGCCAGCCCUUCAUCUUCUUCUCCUUCCGCGUUCAAUACCCUUGUGGUCUCCUGCGCCUCUGUGGUUGGGGAGAGGGUAGCAGCCACUUACGAAGCCCUCUCUCUCAGAAAAGUUGUGAACUACUACUACCAGUCUCCCAAUCUGCCAGACAGCAUUGGCAGUAGCACAGCAAGUGAUGUGAGCCAGCACAAGGAGACGAGGGAGGAGCGGAUGAAAACUGAGGAAAGCAUGCCAGAUAAGAAGAGCUUCAGCCUUGGGGAUAUCCGUGAACAAGGGUCCGAUGGCAUGUGUCGUCGCUUGUCUCUGCCAGGGCUUCUAUCUCAAGUUUCACCAAGGCUUCUCAGGAAAGCAGCACAUGCCAGAAUCAAACAAGUGAGCCUAUCUCCAACGCUAGGAACUGACACCGACACAAACUUUCCCUCCUUGCAGUCCGAACUCUGGAGCUGGGGACGAGGUAAAGAGGGCCAGCUGGGUCAUGGAGAUGUACUGCCCAGGCUGCAACCCUUGUGCAUCAAAAGUCUGAACAGCAAAGAAGUAGUUCAAAUAGUUGCUGGAGCAUAUCAUUCACUGGCCUUAACUGCCAGGUCACAGGUCUAUUCAUGGGGCAGUAACACCUUUGGACAACUCGGCCAUUCAGAGUCACCCACUGUGGUCCCUCGUCUUGUGAAGAUCCCUGAAGGCGUGUGUGUAUGGGAUGUGGCAGCGGGACAAGGCCAUACGCUCUUUUUGGCUGAUGGGGAAUUCUUCCAGCCCAUUGUCUACUAUAGUGGACAGGAAGUGUCACACAACACCAGGAAUACUGAGCACAAUCCGAUUCACACCAAGCAACCUGUGCUUUUGUCAGCUUGCAGUAAGCUUGGCUACAUAAACAGUCUGUUUGCUGGGGGGCAGAGGUGCCUCUCUCUUGCAGACAGGAACGUAAUGGGCUAUAUUGCCAGCUGUCAUGAAUUGGCAUCAUCAGAGAGGAAAUUCCACUGUAAGCUAAGCGAUAUGAAAAAUCGAAUUCUCCGACCUCUCCUGGGUUUAGAUAACUUGACUUCUGCUUUGGGUUUGACGCUGAGCCAGUUAUUACAAGAUGCAGCUAGCAAAUUUAGCAAACUAUGCUACCUGAUUGGGCAGCACAGCUUCACCUUAAAUAAGUUUCUUCACGGUUCUAAGGAUGUCAAGACGCUAGUCAUGUUGGAACAUUCAAAGAUCUUCCUGGACACUUUCAAAGAGUUCUCCAUCUCUGUAGGGAAUUUUGUGGUGGUCGGUGGCUUUCAAGCAUUGGCCAAGCCCACAAUGGAACUCUUCAGCAAAAAUCUUCAGACCCUCCAGCGGUUGUCAGAAGUGAUGGAUGAGAACACCCCGGCUGCUGACCUCUUGCACAUUCUCUUCUACAUGCCCUCCAAUCAUUUGCAUGAAUAUGCCCGUCUGCUGCUAAAACUUGCAACUUGUUUUGAAGUGACCUCCAAGGAAUACCACAAAUUGCAGGAAGUCAGCUGCCAGUUUGAAGCUCUUGGUCUACACUUGAAGAAGAAAAGGAAGGAAGCAGAAUAUACGUACAGUUUUUGGAAGACAUUUCCAGGGAAAAUGACGGAUUCACUGAGGAAACCAGAACGUCGCCUCAUCUGUGAGAGUAGUAACCGCAGCUUAACAUUGCAACAUGCGGGUAGAUUCUCCAUCAACUGGUUUAUCCUCUUCAAUGAUGCACUUGUCCAUGCUCAGUUUUCAACCCACCAUAUAUUUUCCCUUCCCACGCUUUGGAUAGAACCCCAAUUUGAAGAAAUUGGCCACCCUAAUGCCCUGAAGAUAACUACACCUGAAGAACAGUUUGUUCUCACUGCAGCAUCGCCUCAGGAGAAGAUAAAGUGGUUAAGAGCAAUUAACCAAGCAGUGGAUCAGGCUCUGAUUGGUGCUUCAGAUAGCAUGGCUGCUGGAUUGGGUGGCGUCAUGCGAGUUGAGCCUCCCAUUUCCCGCACUGCCAGUUACACCUUCUAUAAGGACCCACGGCUGAAGGAGGCAACUUAUGAAGGUCGCUGGUUGGCUGGAAAACCACAUGGCAAGGGCAUAUUGCGGUGGCCCAAUGGGAGAUCCUAUUCUGGUGAUUUCAAAAAUGGUUUAGAAGAUGGGUACGGAGAGUUGAAUGUGCCCUGCAAAGCCCUAAAGAAAAAUGACCACUAUCAGGGCCAUUGGAAAGAAGGCAAGAUGCAUGGCCAUGGGAUCUACAAAUGUGCCACAGGAGAGGUGUAUGAGGGCAGUUUUCAAGAUAACAUGCGUCAUGGGCAUGGGUUGCUCCGAAGUGGCAAACUCACAUCAUCCUUUCCCAGUAUGUUUAUUGGCCAGUGGGCACAAGACAAGAAAAUGGGCUACGGAGUAUUUGAUGAUAUCACAAGAGGUGAGAAGUACAUGGGCAUGUGGUUGGAUGAUGCUCGACAUGGCAAUGGAGUUGUGGUCACUCAGUUUGGUCUGUACUAUGAAGGCACCUUCAGCAGUAACAAAAUGACGGGCUAUGGCAUCCUUCUCUCUGAGGAUGAUACCAGCUUUGAAGGAGAAUUCUCUGAUGACUGGAUCUUAAAUGGAAAGGGAGUUCUGACCAUGGCAAAUGGUGACUACGUUGAAGGAACGUUCAGUGGAGAGUGGGGAGCAGGGAUUAAAGUUGCCGGAACGUACUUCAAACCUAAUUUAUAUGACAACGAUGGAGAGAAAGCCCGUGUGUUGAAGCUGGGUAAACUGGCAGUCGACCCAGAGGAGAAAUGGAAGGCUGUGUUUGAUGAGUGCUGGUGCCAGCUCGGAUGUGAAUCUGUUGGGCAUGGGGAUGUACUCAGGGCCUGGGAGAACAUCGCAGUGUGUCUCACCACGAGCAAACGACAGCACAAGGACAGCCCUGAUUUCCAGAGCCGAUCUCAUGUACAAAUACUGGAGAGUCUGGAAAUUAUCCCUCAGAUUGAUGGCCCCAUCACACUGGAUAAGUACGAGGUCAUCAAGAAAUACUUAAUAAAGGCAUGUGACACUCCUCUGCAUCCACUGGGGAAUCUCCUGGAGACACUGGUGGCGGUGUAUAGAAUGACCUAUGUGGGAGUUGGUGCUAACCGCCGGUUACUUCAUCAAGCAGUCAACGAAAUCCAAUCCUACCUAAUCCGCAUCUUUCAGCUGGUCAGAUUUCUCUUUCCAGAUCUCCCAGAUGGGGGCAGUCUGAUCCCAAUAAAGGAUAAUAAGAAAGAGCUCGGCAUCGAGGAAGGGGACUCCACUGAUAAUGGGAGCCAAAUGAUCACAUGCUGUAGUCUGCUCCUUCCGGUUCUCUUACCGCGGCUCUACCCUCCACUCUUCACGCUCUAUGCUCUGGACAACGAGCAGGAAGAAGACAUUUACUGGGAGUGUGUGCUUCGACUCAACAAACAACCAGACCUGGCACUACUGGGCUUCCUUGGAGUGCAGCAGAAGUUCUGGCCCAUUACAGUCUCUGUACAGGGAGAGAAAAUAGAGAUACAAUCAACCACAAAGGAGGUUUGUUUCGCUUCUGCGGUUGAAAGUUUACAGCAGAUCAGCACCACUUUCACUCCAGCUGACAAGCUGAAUGUCAUCCAGCAAACCUUUGAGGAGAUCACCCAGGAGGUGCUGACUAAGUUGCAGGAUGACUUCUUGUGGUCCAUGGACGAUCUCUUCCCUGUUUUUCUGUACGUGGUGCUUCGGGCAAGGAUCAGGAAUCUGGGAUCGGAAGUUCAUCUUAUUGAGGAUCUGAUGGACCCUUCAGUUCAACAUGGAGAGCAGGGGAUUAUGUUCACUACACUGAAGGCCUGUUAUUAUCAAAUUCAGCAUGAGAAGCUAACAUAGAACAACAACCCUUCUCUCUCUCUCUCUGGCUGAUUGGAAUGGUAUUAUGCACAGUUAAGAGGGUGGGUCCUUGGAAAGGCCGACAUGGACGCAUAAAUUGUAAUGGAUGCAUUACCUCGUACAUGUACCUGCAAAGAUGCAUUUGCCCACUACCACAGCCUCUCUCCCACUUCACACUCAUUUCCCAUCCUCUCUGCCACCCAAAUCAUGCAUGCACACUGCUCGCCUUCUUCAUACUCCCAGCUACCCGUUUUACAGACACCCCUGCCCCCAAGUGACCACAUGCCCUGCAGUGUUUUAAGUCUGAAUAUUUGAAUUUAGGUUUUGUUUUACUUGAUACUUAAUGGAAUGAUAAAACAUAAAUUGUCACUGUAGGACAAAAAUUAUCAAUUGCAUCAGUGCGUAGAAUUGAAAUGCAUUACACUGGAUAGUUGAUGACGAGGUGUUUCAUGUCUGAGGGCUAGAUGCUUUUGGAAAUAGUACAUAACAUUAUUCCAGCAUUUGUGGGUCACUUUCUGCACUAAUUCACUGUUUCUAGCAUAGGAUACACUGUCACUACCCAGCCCUUGGGCUACAGUAUUUCUAGAGCACAAGCACAGUCCCUGCCUGGUUGGAGAGAUGCAAGAUGUGAUGUGAGGCAGUCGUAAGUUGGAGAUUUUUAAAAAAUCACAAUGUAACUCAGAAUGUACUUAAAUCCCAUCAAAUAGCAUAUAUUUGGAGAGUUGUGCAAUCUUGGUCUUGCAUCAUAGGAAGCAUGAUACGAUAACUGUGUGGGUUCUGCACUGAUUAAAUCAGAGUAGUCUCUGCUCUACAUGAAUUGCAACUGUUUUCAUUACAAUAGAGGUAACUGAUUGAACGAAUGGAACAAGGAUAAAGACAGGCCGAUUUCAAAUGAUUGUGGGUACCAAAAUGUGGCUCAAAGUCAUAAGGGGUUUAGAGAUUACAUUUUUUAAAAUAUAAAAAGCAAAAAGCUGGUGAGAUUUUAGGCAGGGAAUUCUAUAACUUUGGACUUUAUUAGCAAAAUAGGUGGGCUCCAUUUGGGAAGUCAUCUUAUUCAAGAUGGUUCAGAAGCAAUAAACAGUAGAUGAGAUACUUCAGAUCUGCAAGAUAAUUGUAACAGAGAUAAAGACGUGUAAAACACAGGGGAUGAGGGAAGGAGGAAUUUGAGAGAAUCUAAAAAUCCAGGUGGUGAUUUACAGGGUGCUGAGUACCUAAGUGUGUGGAAGAUUACAAUUUGGAAUGCAGACAGCAGACUUCUGGAUUUGUGUAUUUUUAAAGAGGUAGAAUGAAAAAGGCUAAUGAAAACUGUUUGAAUUGCUCGUCCUGGCGAUAACAAAGGGGCAGACGAGAGUGGCAGACGUUGGUGAGAUUGAAUGGAGCUGAGUGAAACGGUGUUGGGUAAGUGAAACUUAGUAGUCUAAACAAGGACCAAAAUCAAUAAUCAGAAUCUCCAGUUGGGCACCAGUUUAGAUGCUGUGAGGCAUCUGGAAUGUCCUGUUUCCGGAAGAUGGAGUCAGUGGCCAGGGAGGAGUUUCUGACAAAGACAAAACCUUUUGAACUUCCCAAUAUUUAGAUGGUAUUCUGAUCACCUAAUAUCUGGAUAUCUGACAAGUAUUCUGACAACUUAGGCCAUGAAAGCCAGCUGUCAUUAACAUUGGUAGAAACGGACAUUGUUAGGAGACUGUGAGACUGCAUCUAGAUGUGAAGGAGGAGACUGACUUGGAGGCAGCAGAAAGAAAAUGGGCAGCACAGCAAUGUAACUCGUAAUAGUGCCUCACUGCACUGGAGACCUGGGUUCAAUUCCAAUCUUCGGUUCCUCGUCUUACCCUUGUUAGAGCUUUAACUUUUGGUAGUGUGGUCUAGUCUGAGAGUUAUAGACUUCAUAGCUGCCCACCAGAUGCGUGGUUGCCUUGAACAGGACCAGUGCAUUCUAUGCUUGUUGUCACCAUCCAGCAUUGCAAUUCUUUGAAACGCUGUCAACUCGAGCUGCUUGAUCCAAUCAAUGACCAACCAAAAGUUGCCAGACACUGACUCCAUAACCAUAACAGGUAACUGGCCAUAUUUGAUGCCACUCACAACACAAUAGUUUAUCUGGAGAUGCCUUAUUUCAUUGGUGCCACACAAUUGUUCAAGGAAGAAGAUAUAUAAACAGUAUUGAAUCGAACACUGUGUAUCCUGUGCCAAUUUCAAUAAAUUAUUUUUGAUUAAAAAAACAAAGCUGGUGCCUCAAGCUGAAGCGACCCAGGGUCGAUCCUGAUCUCAGUUCUGUCUGUGUGGAGUUUGCACGUUCACCUUGUGACUAGGUUUCUUCUGGGUGCUCCGGUUUCAAUUUGUGUUUGAUAGAUUAGCCACUGAAAAUUGCCUCUCGUGUGUCAGUGAGUGUUAGAAUCUGAGGUGAUUGAUCAGAAUGCAAGGAGAAUUAAUUGGGAUUAGAGAAAGAAUAUAAGUAUUUGAUAGUUGAUGUGGUUUCAAUGGGCUGGUAGCCAUAUGACUCUUGAACCCUGUAUGAAAAGCCAUUGUUGAAGAGAAAGGAAAGAUGGUCAUCAACUCCCUCCAGGGUUUGGGGAAGGUGAGAGUUACUGUCUCCAUCCUGAGAGGAAUUCGGAGGUACAGGUAACGUUCGAUCGUUCUAUCCGAGAUGCUUUUUUCCCUCUGAUAUGGACCCCUCUGCUGUGAAAGAUUUCCAUUGUCCCAUUUUCUGAUUUCUUCUAUGCACCUUCUGCAGGCCUGUUGUAUUUGAAACAAUUCUCUCCUGAUAUCCAUGCAUGAUUCUCCCCACCUUUCUGCUUUUCGGUGACUUGGGGCAGUCAGAGUGCAAGAGAAUGUCACCUUUGUGAAGAAAUGGGCAAAGAGAAUUUAAUGCUUAUUAAGCAGCCCUUUGCAUUUGAUUCUUCCUGCACAGUUUGCUUCUGUCUUCCUGGAGUACUUCCGGAUUCUCUGCGAUUCGCACAUUUUACCUCUCCGUAUAUUAUGCCAACAGUGGAAGGGUAAAUUCUGUUCUGGGGAAAGUUCAGGAGCCAAGUUUCUGUGGUCCUAGUUCAGUCAGGGGCACUCUUCUUUAGGUCAGUAUUGUGUCCUUGUACUUGUCUUUCUUGAGUGGGUCAUGUUGCAGAUUGGUACUUUCAUAAAAUUGUGGAAAAUGUUGUAGGUGUAGCUGUUACCUUAAACUUUAAAUGCAAAAAAUAUUGGUGGUGUGUGUUGCUUCAAAAAAUACCAGGGACAUUUAUUCCAAUGUUCUUGUCAAUGUUCAUCUUUCAAUUAACAUCACAGAAUCUGAUCUAUCUGAUUGUUCUCGCGUUCAUCAUUAAGUGUGUGCUAGCAUUCUGACCUUGAACCAGUGACCAUACCUCAGACUAAUGAAUUUGCCGGUAAGGGUUUUGGAUUGAAGUGCAAGGAUCUGCAGAAUUACAACUUCUCUCUCUAGUUUGCACAGUGCGAUAACGUAUUUCUUAUAGGUUGCUUUUCUUCAUCCAGGUGAUCAGGGGGGUAAAUUGAGAAAUGAGUUGAAUAUUUCUGGAGCCCCUCUGUUUCCCAAGAGUGUCAAUUUUAAUCUAAAAAUUGUCCCAACCUGAAAUGUUCCUCCAGCAGUUUAUUUCUUGUGCAGUCAAUUUUAGUGUUUCAUAAUGUAAUUUAACAUCCAUUCACAGAAUUUUGAAUUUUUAAGACAUCUUUUUUAAACCUGGAGCUACACUAAAGCAAACCAAAAUCUUUCAACAUACACUAUAUAUGUUACGAUGCUGCUACACAUAAUUGUCAAUUAUUUAUUUGGUUAAGAAACUACUAAGACCUGCUUGCAAGAUACCAUAGCAAUCUUUACCCUAUACUGGGUAGUUUUAACUUGUGUCCAAAUGUAAUUGAGUCUCCCAACCAUUUCCUUCCCCCCCCCCCCCCCCCCCCCCCCCCCCCCCCACCCC